AGCGGGCCGUAGCUUUGUCCCGAAGACCGACUCGCGCCCACUCAGUCUAGCACUGGCGACUGAUUUUGACUUUUGUCAGGUUCGAGCCCGAUUCGCAUGAUUUCGAGCAUCUCCCCGGUACAGCCUGCGACCAACGCCGACUUGAACUGUGGCCUGGAUGCACAGGUCGCCGCGAUCACUGCACCCGCUAAGCCUGGAAGCAACGUCACCUUCCAAUGGUCUGGAGCGCCUGGCGGAGGGGACAAUUGGCCGCAUAAUGUUGGGCCGCUGAUGACUUACAUGACACAAUGCACAACGACCAAUUGCACCGAGUUCGACUCAACGUCUGCCGAGUGGUUCAAGAUCGCCGAGCUCGGGAUGAGCUCGUCGAGUGCGUGGUUCCAAGCCUAUCUCACGCAAGGGGACUCGUACACGCUCACGCUCCCGAAGAAUAUCAAGCCUGGAGGCUAUCUCAUCCGCCACGAAGUCAUCGCUCUUCAUCAGGCCGUCUCUGUCGGAGGCGCAGAGUUCUAUCCGUCCUGUACGCAAGUGCUCAUUAGCGGCAGCGGGGACGGCACUCCAAGCAGUGGCGAGACGUGUACCUUUCCCGGCGGCUACUCCAACACUGACCCAGGGAUCUACGUGCCAGACAUCUACGACGGCGACCUGGACUAUGUCUUCCCCGGGCCCAACAUCUCCCAUCUGGCGUCCCCGGGUGAUGGGAUGAUCACCGCCAAGGUCCCAGGGGGCGAUGCGGCCCCGUCUGGCACGGAGAUCGCGUCCAGCACUGCUUCCGUCUCGGUGGUGGCUGCCCCCACGGGCGCUGGUGGGAGUGGCGGCUCCUCCGCCUCCUCUGGCUCGGACACGGGUUCAGACUCUGGCUCGGGAGGCUCGGCAGGCGCGUCGGCCACUGCAGCGCCGACAGUUGGUGGGGGCUCUGCCGCGGCAUCGUCCCCGCCGAAGUGUGCGCUCAGAUCGAGCGUCGCGCAGACCCCGCUCUCGACCCUCAGCCGGCGGCGCCUGCAUCAUGUUAUCAAACGCUUUUUCGCUCGCUCGUCGUGAACGGCGCUCGACGGACCGUGGAUGGGUGUGCACGUUCGUC